AUGGAAGGCCAAGUCCACGUCGCGUCGACGGCCUCGACCGACCGCGCGUGGCAUACGCGCUAUAUCAAGCUUGACGACAUUUCGGCGCAGCUCUUCUGCUACCGCGACCGCACGAUAGCUGAGACCAAAUGGGCGCUGCCGUUGCACGGCGCUGACGUCUCGACGCCUCUUCCCGGUGCGCCCACGCACGGCAUUGACACGGACGCGAUGCCCUACUGCAUUCUGCUGCACCUCUCGAAUGGCGACGUCGUCUGUCUCGGUUUCGCCGACGAUGGUGCCAAGAAGGCGUGGAGUGCCAAGUUGCUGCAGGUUGCGUCGCAUGGUCCGCGCCAGCACGCCACGUUUGCCAAGCAAGAGACCGACGACUUUUCCUUUGCCGCGCGCGUCGCGGAUGUGCGCGUGGACGCUGGCUACGCCGAGUACAAGGUGCAGUGCGCGUGCCGCUUCUUCAACGUCGCGUAUGCGCGCCACUUGUCGAUCGAGUGGGUCGUCUGGCAUCGGUUCGCCCACUUUGCAUCGCUCGACAGCGUCUUGCGCACUGCGUUACCAAUGAGCGGUAUUCCGUUUCCGCAGCAAAAGCGCGAUGCCCUGCGGACGCUGCUUGGUCACGCGCUGGACGACGCCUUCCUCGCCCAGCGCCGGACGGCCCUCGACACGUACCUUUGCAAGGUGGUCGAGAUUCGAGACGCUGUGGCUUUUCUUACACCGACGGGCAAUGCGGCGCUCAAGGGCUUUUUCGAGUUUGACGCGCACUGCAGCCACGAGGAUGUUGUUUUGACAAAGAAGGAAGCGCGCACGCGGACGCCGAGCCAGGAAAAGACAAAGUCUCCGACCAAACCCAAGGCGAAAGCGACGCCAGCACCUAGUACACCCAAGACUGACGCUGUCAGCGCCGUCACGAAGCCAAUGACGACUAAAAAGAAGCCCAAAGACAAGAAGAAGGCCGAAGGACCGCGGGCGCCCGAGGUGAUUGAGCCACCACCGCCACCGCCGCCGACAUGCAGUAAGUCUCAACCAGCAGCACCACCAGUAGUUAGUGCACCUCCGGCGCGUGCCAAUUUGCUGGCGCAGAUCCAACAAGGCACCAACUUGCGCCGUGUGACUUAA